AUGCAGCCACGUUCACGGCAAACUUCUUUCGGCAGCAACUCCGCUAAAUCAUCAUCUCCUGGCCCGCCUCUCCAGUUCAGCGCACCAGCAGCAACCAGACCAUCUGGUGGUCGCUUGUCUGGUUUAUUGAAACCAUUCACCCCUAUCUCUGGUCAGCAGAACAAGCAGGGAUAUGCACCACCACCGGGUGCUCCUCCCUCACGCAGAGGUUCUGUUAACAACACACAACACCCUGCAGGCCUCUCAAACUUGGCUACUACCCCAUCCGCUGUCUAUUCCUCCUCCAGCUCACCCCUCUCCUACGCACCACGCCCUCGAUCCUACACCAGCAACCCUUACGUCAGCGCUGACAUUCGCCCCGCAUCCCCACGUACCUCAGUUGGCCAAAUGACUCCAGCAGGCGAGCGUGCUAGGCGUCGUUCUACUGCCUACCAAGACCAGGCCCCUCAGAGGAAGGGCUCUCUUGCCCAAGCUCAAGGUUUGGAGCCACUCAAACCACGAAAAUCUUUCUUCGGCGCUGUUAACGGUAUUGAGCAACCGGAAAACCCAGAAGAAGACGUCCUUGGUGAUGCUAUCAGGUCAUUUGCACUUGCUUGGGAAGAUUUGUUUGGCACAACAGAUGUAGAAAACACCCUCAUUAACCAACUAUUCGGUUGCGUGAAGGGUCUUAAAGAUGCUAGUAAGGAAUUAUCAGUUAUCUUGUUGACAUCAUUCCACGCCAAGUCGAUCGUCGAUAAGGCAAAAGUCGUUGUAGCACUCGACCAGUUUACAACUGUUUUGAAGAAUGCUGGUCAAUUGUUCUAUUCAAAAUAUCCUCUCACAAUUCACGCCGCAAACUUGAACCAAACUCUUCAUGAAAUUGCACAAGAUAAAGAAUUCCACUCAAUUUUCCUAUCUGCACUUGAACCAUUGACAGUAUUAUUGGAAAUGACAACUGACUUGCGUCGUAAACUCGUCUUCGUCGUCCUAGAUGCCCUCGCAGGUGGAAACCAAUCAGCUCAUCUUCGUUCUACCUUGCUUCUUUUCAGAAACAUUUUACAGAUGCUCACUGGCUCACAAGUCGCGCCUGCAAUAUACGCACUUGGCGAGUUCAUCAUCGCUUUGGAGCAAGUUUUGACUGAGGCACCAGCCUUAAUACGUUCUUCAAUUGCUGAACCACUUCAAGAGAAGAACACAGAGAGCACUGAUACUUUCUCAUCACUCUUAAAUGCGGCUAUCGAAGCACGUGCGACUGCUGAGCCAAAUGUUGAACUCCACUCAUUGGGCUAUUCUUACAUUCCAGCAAAUUGUACAACACGUGUUGGUAUAAUCUCAAACCGCUUCAAGCCAGUCUUGUCAGAAAAGCUACCAUCGAAUGCACUCGCGUAUGAAUUCGGUAAAUUAACUGAAGCUAUUGGUGGUAAUUCAAGAAUCGCUCGUGUUAAGCGUGCUAUUGCAAGUAUCAGACAGUACGCACCAUAUGGAAAGACGUUGAUUGAGAUCGCUAGACAAGCAACUAAGAACUUCGUCAACGUCCAAAUUGACAAAUUUGAGGGUGAGGAUAACGACUUUAAGUACGCCUUUUCAAAUGUCAAUUUGGUGUUGUCUACUUUGGUUCCAGAGGAUUUCUCACUUGAUUCUCACUCAACCAUUUCAUUCUCACAAAGCCUCUCUUUCACACCAAACACUGGUAUUAAGGCUUCAUUGCGUGGUCUGAAAUUCUCAGCUAAGAGUCUCAAGUACAAUUAUUCACAGAAGGGUAUUGUUGGUGUAUCAGAUGAAGGCACAGCAGAUUUGGAGUUCACCGCUGAUCUCGUUAUCAACUUAAAUGCUACUGGUCAAUUUCAAGGUUACGAUGUCAACGUUCAUACCAUCAAGUUUGAUGUAAACGGUGGUGAAGGAAUCAAGGCUAACAUCUACAAGACCUUCUGGCCUUACGUCCAAUCACGUGUUGCAGUUACGAUCAACGAAAGUGUACGCAAGUACAUUGACUCAAACAUCAAGUCAUUCAAAUCAAUGUUUGACAUAAAUGCACCAGCUGGAGGAACACCAGCCGUACAAGUCGAUGGACCAUCGGACGUUGCCAAACAAUUCUUCCAAACUCCAAGACAACGCAAGGAAUCUAUCCAAGCGGCCGCAUAUGCAAGCUCAAGCAUUAAUCCAGCCUACGCGCAACACCCAGUUGGCGCAAGGGAUGCAUUUAGAGCUGAAAUUGAGAAGCAUCCAGAAUUGAGAGGUAACGUCAUGAGACAACUCGAGAACCCAUUCAGUGGACCACCAAGUAUUGGUGGUAGCCGUCGCAACUCUCAUUCACAUGAAGAACAACCAACUGGCCCACGUCGCAAGUCCAUGGCUGAUUCUCUCACUCAAACUUCCAUGGCUGAUGCAACAUUAACUGAAAACAUCCACAAGCCAAAGGUUGAUCACACCAGCUUGGUCGGAGCUGACGUAGAAGGCUAUGAGAAUAUGAGUAGUGCCUUAUCAGCAGCUGCAUCAGUCGACACCACUGGCUAUAACGCAAUCAGAGAUCCAAUAAUCGCACCAGAAGCAGAUGCCGAGACAGCUCAAGCUGCCCUAUUGAGAAGAGGAUCAAGAGCAUCAGUUAGUGCUGUCGGUGAAUCAGCCACAUUGUCAGACUACCCAGUCGAGGCUCACGAUAACACUCGUCCACAUUUGAAUGAAGAUUAUCCAGCUAUGUCAAUGUCACUGAAUAAGCGUGCUUCAAUGGACGCGACACAAUUCGAAAACAUCCAAAACCCACCAAGAGCUGAAAGGGAAGAUACGGGAUAUGCUGAAGCUCAAUCGAUGUCAAUGAGAGACAGAGCAUUAUCAUUGUCGGGUCAGGAAGUCAACCCAACAGAUAAGUUCAUACCUGUUGAUAGAUAUGAUUAUAUGAAAUAUGGUGAUUCUGCAGUUGAAGAUGACGAAGAGAUUGAACGUGGACCUGGUCCAGAGAAACAAAGAAUGAUGUCACAGUCUAUUCCAAAGGAGUUGACUGUUGAUAACACCCUUGUGGAGAACAGAGUGAGGCAACAGGAGGGCAAGCCAUCUGCCAAUGCCGGUAUUCCAACUGAGCAAUGGAAAGGUAGAAGAAUGUCAGCUGCUUUGAAUGAUGAAGCGAAGGCAGACGCUACGUUACGUGAAAACAUCGCAUCACCACCUCAGUCACGUUCAAAUUCAAUUACAAGACGUAAGAGCAGACCAUCAAUGACAUCAAUCAAGAAAGCAUCUAUGAGUGAAAUGUCAUUGAACGACGAAGUUACGAAGGACAACACGAUACUCGAUCCAAAUGAAAAAGUACCAAAAGGUGAUAGACGUAGAUUGUCUAGACCGGAUAAUGAUGAAUUAGAUGGAGAAGGUAGAGGAGGACCUGGCACUGGUGCCUCAAAGACUAAGCGUCGACCAUCGAUGGCAGAAAUGUUGCCAGAGGAUAUGAAGAAGGAUCAAACAUUGUUGUAA